AUGAGACUCGGAGUCCGCCCUCGUGCGGAGCAGUUUGGCAACGUCCAGAUCAACGAGCUUUUGCGCGUCAUCGAGCUUGACUCAGGACCCUCUUCGCCUGCUAACGGAGACAUCGUUGUGGCCAGAGAGGCCCUGACUAGUAUCGAGACUCAGAUGGCCAUCGUGAUUCCGUGCAUGAACGAGGAUUACCGAACGAUUGAGGGUGUCCUCCUGGGCAUCCCGCAUGAUUGCCUAGUCAUCCUAGUCUCUAACAGCUCGCGGUCCCCCGUGGACCGCUACGAGGCCGAAGUUCGUCUACUUGACAAGUUCUGCGCUGACGCACAGCGGUAUGCUAUUGCGCUCCACCAGAACGACGGAGGAGCUGCCGCCGCCUUUGAAGCUGCCGGAAUGCCAGACUUGGUGUGCUUGGAGGAUGGACAGAGGAAGAUUCGCAAGGGCAAAGGCGAAGCAAUGAUCAUGGGCAUUGCGCUCUGCCAGAUCGCGAAGAAGAAGUGGUAUGUCUGCUUGAUAAUCACCCCCUUGGACGCUUUGACUCUCUGUGCCAACAUCGGCUUUAUUGACGCUGAUAACUACGUGCCCGGCUCUGUGCACGAGUAUUGCAAGGUCUUCGCCGCCGGCCUGUACGCCGCUGUCUCGCCUCGUUCCAUGGUUCGGAUCGCCUGGAACUCCAAGCCGAAGGUGCGGAACAAUCGGCUCUUCUUCGACAAGAAGGGCCGCAGCUCCAAGGUGGUGAACGAGUGGCUUAACCGCCUCCUCCAGGAACGUACCGGCUUCGGUACUGACCUCAUCCAGACCGGCAACGCGGGAGAGCACGCGUUCAGCAUGCGGCUCGGCCUGGAGCUUCGAUUCGCGACCGGCUACGCGAUUGAGCCCUACGAGAUCAUCAACAUCUUGGAGAAGUUCUCAGGUGCUAAACUGGAGCACCAAUCCGUUGCCCACAACUCGGGUGCCGGCUCCGCGGCUGCCUCUUCCUCCCCCGGUCUGGUACAGAUUUUCCAGACCGAGACACAGAACCCGCAUUUCCACGACGCCAGCAAGGGCGAGGACCACGUCCUCAAAAUGCAAAUGCAAGGACUAAACGCCAUCUACCAUAGUCCGCUGAUCAACGAGCCCCUCCGAGCAGAGCUACGCAAGUAUAUGAUGGAGCAAGGCGAGCUCCACGAGGGUGAGGAGCCCACGCGUGAGCGCGUGUACCCGCCUGUCGGGUCGCUGGACUUCGAGGACCUGGCCGUUCGCCUCUCCGCCGAGGCGGCCAGCCUCCGGCAGGUCGACGGUCGGGGUACGGAGGCCAACGCGACCUUUGCAUUCCGUCAAGGCCAGAACAACGGCCAGAACUUGGGCCAGCAAAUUCCUGCUCUUCCUGCUCCGGUUAUCGCUGCCCACCUGGCGGCCCAUCAGCAGCGGCAGCGCAUGGCCCAGAUCGCCCUGCAGCAGCGCAUUGCCCAGCAGCAGCAGCAGCAGCACGACGCCUAA